AUGCUUCAAGCACUCGGAGGGCCUGUGCCCCCGAACACUGACCAUGCCGUUAGUGUAUCCCUACCAACAUGGAGGUCCAAUAUUGGGUACGAGGAGGGAGAGGACUGGGUCAUCGGCAAGAUGCAAUGCGGCUAUCCUCGAUUCUUCGUACACCCUAGCAUUCAGAAACUCGCCCAAGAGAUUGUUCGUCGCGUCGGAGAUCCCGAAUCGGAGACUGCCACCCUUUUCGCAACCCUCAAGACCGCGCGUAUCUGUCACUCGUUCAUCGUGUCCAAGGUCUCCCCCGAAGAGGCGCAAAAAGUUCGGAUCGUGACCUUCGUGCCCUCCCAGCAAACCGGUGAAGGAUCUACCACGAUUUCGUCUUCGUUGGUGGCUGUCGUCUAUCAGAAGGAAUUUGCACCCAUUGCCAAACAGGUCUGGCAACAUUCUGGAAAUGGUAUAUCGAGUCGGCGGGGAGAGUUCUGUCUGCGCGCCCUCGAGGAUGGUUUCCUGGUGGAGGAGAAGAAGUCUGAAGCAUCUGAGUCUCUUUCGCAGCGGCCCUGCAAGGGCCCUCGGCGCUACCAGGGUAAGGGAUCCAUCAGUGGAGUCUCACGGGGCUCCUCGGCCUCGACUCCCACACCCACGGACAGCCCUGUGGCGACCAAUGGCGCUGAAGACGGCCGAGACUACGCUCAAUUCAUUGAGGAACGCUUCGGUCGCAACCUGAGUACUGCGUUAGCUGAACAAGCCACGGUUGCUGUGCGGAGACGGAUUGCUGGCGUGCUCACUGCUGAUGCUGAGCUGCCCGAGGUGCUUGAAGCCGCUUCGGCCGAGGGUCGAGUCUCCGGCAUCUCGGAGGACGAUGUUUAUCUCUAUCCUUCUGGCAUGAGUGCCAUUUUCAACUCGCAUCAGACACUAUUGACGACCCGCGGAUCCUUGAAGAGCGUUUGUUUCGGCUUCCCGUAUACCGAUACCCUGAAGAUUCUGCAAAAAUGGGGACCAGGCUGCUUGUUCUAUGGCCACGGCUCAUCAGAGGACCUGGAUGAUCUAGAAUCACGGCUUAAGAAUGGCGAGCGAUUCCUUGGCCUCUUCACCGAAGCCCCCGGUAACCCUCUGCUCAAGACUCCGGAUCUCGUGCGAAUCAGAGCUUUGGCCGACCAGUAUGGCUUUGCCGUGGUUGUUGAUGAGACCAUCAGCAAUUUCCUCAAUAUCAACGUCCUUCGGUAUGCCGAUAUUGUCGUCAGCAGUUUGACUAAAAUUUUCAGCGGAGACAGCAAUGUCAUGGGUGGCAGCGCAGUACUAAACCCGCAAGCCCCCUACUAUAAGCAAUUGAAAGAUACCUUGAAUCGCGAGUAUGAGGACCUUUACUGGGCAGAAGAUGCAGUGUUCCUAGAGCGGAACAGCCGAGACUUCAUCAGCAGAAUUGACAAGAUCAACACCACCUCCGAAGCAAUUACCGACAUGUUGAAGGCCUCUCCGCUGGUCAAAGAAGUUUACUACCCUAAAUACAGCCCAACGAGACCCCUGUACGACAGCCUUCGUAACCCCAAUGGUGGCUAUGGUGGUCUUUUCUCUGUCACGUUCCACUCAAAUGCGGAAUCUGUCGCAUUCUAUGAUACCCUCGAGGUCUUGAAGGGACCUAGUCUUGGCACAAACUUCACCCUCAGCUCUCCAUAUGUCGUCCUUGCCCAUUAUCUCGAACUUGACUGGGCGAGGUCUUUCAAUGUCGACCCUGACCUGGUCAGAAUUAGCGUUGGACUGGAGGAGAUCUCCGAUUUACGUCGCCGAUUCCAGCGGGCUCUGGAUGCAGUGGAAAAGGUGCAAAAAUAG